GGAGCGAAGGUGUUUUGUCCAGCAGCAGCGAGCUCCACAUCUCACGCCGUACCACCGUUACUAGACGGUACAGGGCGCGUCGUAGUGUGGAAACAUUUACCUUUUCCACCCAACCCAAAGCAACGAAAAGCGACAAAAUAAUUAAUCGAGUUCGUGCGUGCGCGAGUUUAGUGAAAAGUCCCGAAAUUCCCAUCGACCUGGAACCAUGGGAAUAAAAUUCCUGGAAAUCAUAAAGCCGUUCUGCGGCAUCCUGCCGGAGAUCGCGAAACCCGAGCGCAAGAUCCAGUUCCGAGAGAAGGUACUAUGGACGGCCAUCACGCUGUUCAUCUUCCUCGUCUGCUGCCAGAUCCCGCUGUUCGGUAUCAUGAGCUCGGAUUCGGCCGAUCCGUUCUACUGGAUACGUGUCAUCUUGGCGUCGAACCGAGGCACCCUCAUGGAGCUCGGCAUCUCGCCCAUCGUGACGUCGGGAUUGAUCAUGCAGCUGCUGGCCGGUGCCAAAAUCAUCGAGGUCGGUGAUACGCCCAAGGAUCGUGCACUCUUCAACGGUGCCCAGAAACUGUUCGGAAUGGUCAUCACCAUCGGGCAGGCGAUCGUUUACGUCAUGACGGGCAUGUACGGCGAUCCGGCCGAGAUCGGAGCGGGUGUUUGCCUCCUCAUCAUCAUCCAGCUGUUCGUGGCCGGUCUGAUUGUGCUGCUACUCGACGAGCUGCUUCAGAAGGGCUACGGACUUGGCAGCGGAAUUUCGCUCUUCAUCGCCACCAACAUCUGCGAGACGAUCGUGUGGAAGGCGUUCUCACCCGCCACCGUUAACACGGGCCGUGGUACCGAGUUCGAGGGUGCCGUUAUCGCACUGUUCCACCUGCUCGCCACACGCCAGGAUAAGGUGCGUGCUCUCCGGGAGGCAUUCUACCGCCAGAACCUGCCCAAUCUGAUGAACCUGCUGGCGACGGUGCUAGUGUUUGCGGUGGUCAUAUACUUCCAAGGAUUCCGUGUCGACCUACCCAUCAAGUCGGCCCGUUACCGCGGUCAAUACAGCAGCUACCCGAUCAAGCUGUUCUACACCUCCAACAUCCCGAUCAUCCUGCAGUCCGCGCUCGUAUCCAACCUGUACGUCAUCUCGCAGAUGCUGGCCGUCAAGUUCCACGGUAACUUCCUGAUCAAUCUGCUCGGCGUGUGGGCUGACGUAGGCGGUGGUGGCCCAGCUCGCUCGUACCCGAUCGGUGGCCUAUGCUAUUACCUUUCACCGCCGGAAUCGCUCGGUCACAUCCUGGCCGAUCCCAUCCAUGCCGUCCUGUACAUCGUCUUCAUGCUGGGCUCGUGCGCCUUCUUCUCGAAGACGUGGAUCGACGUGUCGGGCAGCUCGGCCAAGGACGUCGCGAAGCAGCUAAAAGAGCAACAGAUGGUGAUGCGUGGCCACCGCGAGAUCUCGAUGAUUCACGAGCUGAACCGCUACAUCCCGACGGCGGCCGCCUUCGGUGGACUCUGCAUCGGUGCCCUGUCCGUGUUGGCCGAUUUCAUGGGUGCGAUCGGUUCCGGUACCGGUAUCCUGCUCGCCGUCACCAUCAUCUACCAGUACUUCGAGAUCUUCGUGAAAGAGCAGUCCGAGAUGGGUGGCAUGGGCACGUUACUAUUCUAAAUAGGUGUCCUCGGCUAUCCCCCCUUCCUUCCUUCCUUCCUUUCCCUCUCUUCUCCCGUGUCCGCACAUCCUCCUGCGAUCCAUCCUCGUCCAUACGUCCUGUCCCACCCACUGGUCAAGUAGGUUCGUUUAGUUAGUCGGCUUUGUUCUCUUUUUGUUUUUCGUUUUGUUUUCCGCAUCAUCACCGCCCUGCCGAUGGACGUUGCGCGCUUCGCCUCAUCCUCCCCGAUUCCCGCGUCCACAUCCACUCCCACGGUCCACAUGCCUUCCGGGAAAAGAAUUAAUUUAAGCUCAUAAUUCUUCUUUAGCGUUUAGCGUUUAAGAGAGGCGUUUAACACUACUCUACAAUGAAGAGAGAGCAGCGACUGAGAGGUGUAGUAAUGAUUAAUGAUUAAUAAUAAUAGCAGAAAAGUGACUAUUUGAGCGCCACGUGCAGCAUCCUCUGAUUGUUCUGUUUCCCUGUUUCGGAGCGAUUCCGGGAGAAACGGCGUAUGUCAAUACCUCCAGAAAAUAAAAAUUCAAAACCAGACACACGCACGCACGUUCCGUAAUUACGCUCGUCCGUUUUCAAAGCCUACCCUCAUCGAGCAAGCUGUAGGAUAUGUGUUCGGAUUCUGGAAAACCUUAUCGAGCGGAGGAGAUUAGAUUCAGCCAGCCAGCAAACGAAACGUUUGCCUGAUUGCGGUGGUCGCUUCUUCCGACGAUGAAUUCCAUUUGGGUUUUCCUCCGUCACGGCACGGUCGCAAAAUAAACUCACCCAAAAUCACCCUCACUCUGCGGACACAGCGACAAAUAUAGACGAUCAGCAAUCACACACACGCGCAUUUUGGGGUUUCGCCCCCUUCGGAGGGGGAAUAGAAUUUUGCUUUUUUCGUUUUCGUUCCCGUAACGCAGGUGGAACGAAAAUAGAGAGGAAUCGUUAGGGCAUUGGAUCGCUAAGAUGCAUGAAUGGAAAGGGCUUCAGGGCCAACACACACACAAGAUAAAGACAGACUGUGCGACGGUUAGGAACACGUUACAAACGUUCAUUACGCCCACCGGCACUCCGGGAAGGGCGGCAACGGCGACGACGACAUAACUGCGGAGAGGGUUGCAUCCUUUUCGGAAGAAAAAACCAGCAGAGAUUGAUCAUUCAGAAGAAAACCAUAUUCAUUCGUCACUCAUUAAAGAAAUGUAAAGUCGGUAAAUAAUUUUCAAAACAGAAAUAAAAAAACACUCAAA